CACUUUACCAUCACUUAUUAUUUCUCUAUUUUAUAUUAAUUUAAUUAUAAUUAAAUAAAUUAAAAAAGAAAAACACUCUCUCCUUCCCUGCCUCUCUCCUGCUUCUCAGACCUCGUGUCCUAACAUGGAUUCCACGCUCCACCUGGAAUCCCAAAUCCGAUAAACCCUAGAUUCACAGAUCAUAAAUCACAACACUACACGAAAUAUGCAUAGAUCUGGAGCUGCUAUGGCUUGGAACGUAUUCAAGUUUUGUACGGCCCUACGUGGCCUGGGCUCGAUCAUGAUCCUGUUGGUGCUUGGGGUUGUGGGUGUCACCUAUUAUGCCGUCGUGUUGACCAAUUAUGGCCCCGCUUUGUAUGAUAGCGGGCUUGAUUCUGUCACUGCUCUUGCUCUCUUGAUCCCAUUUCAUUGUUUGUUGGUGAUGCUCUUAUGGAGUUACUUUUCUGUCGUUUUAACUGAUCCUGGUAGUGUGCCUUCUAAUUGGAGGCCUGUUGUUGAAGAGGAAAGAGGUGAGGCUUACCCAUUAAAUGCCUCAGAUUUCAAUGGCCUGCCGGCCAAUCCAUCCAAUCAAAGAAUCCGGUACUGCCGGAAGUGCAACCAGCUGAAACCACCUCGUUGCCACCAUUGCUCUGUUUGUGGGAGGUGUGUGCUAAAGAUGGACCAUCAUUGUGUAUGGGUCGUAAAUUGUGUUGGGGCAUUAAAUUAUAAAUAUUUUCUUCUAUUUUUGUUCUACACAUUUCUUGAGACAAGUCUUGUGACUUUGUCACUGCUGCCACAAUUUAUAGCUUUCUUUAGUGAUAAUGACAUUCCUGGAACUCCUGGGACCCUUGCAACCGCAUUUCUUGCCUUUGUUUUGAAUCUGGCAUUUGCAUUUAGUGUUCUGGGAUUUCUAGUCAUGCACAUAUCAUUGGUUUCUGUUAAUACGACUACUAUUGAGGCAUAUGAGAAGAAAACCACGCCGAAAUGGCGCUAUGACCUUGGUCGUAGGAAGAAUUUUGAACAGGUAUUUGGGGCAGAUAAACGAUACUGGUUCAUUCCGGCUUAUUCAGAAGAAGAUUUGCGGCGAAUGCCAGAACUUCAGGGUCUUGAAUAUCCAUCAAAACCUGAGUUGGACUCCCAAGAGUUCUAGGGACCAGUUGUGGCACAUGUCACGGAACUGGAAAAUUUUCUUUUAUAACAAUACAGAUGGAGCCCAACCAACAUGUGCCAUUAUGUCCAAACCAUGAUAAACAAAUUGCAGCUAAUAUGGGCUCCUAACCAUUCGUUCCCAUCUAAAAGGAGAAGUUGAGAAGCUGAUUUGGCAGAUCAAAAUGUAGGUUGCAGAAUACUGGGGAAGGCAUGAUUCUAAUUGUGAGGAGUUUGGGAACUGCAAGAAAAGAGAUGUAACUUAAUUUAUGUAGCGUGUAGGUUUUGUUGUACAUUGAAUGGUAAAUAUAGAAAAUCAGUCUCUGGCUUUUGCCGACCUCGGCAGAGGUGGUA